AUGGUUAGGGGGAGGGACGUUCAAAUCUCAUAUGCAGUUAUGCGAAUUAAGGGAGGCUUGGGGAUCUGUCGGUGGGACGGACGCACAAUAAGAGGACUGGACUGGGCUGGGCAGGAUAGGUUAGGGUUUCAAUGGGGAACACCUACCUGCCAGGCCUCGAAUCAUGCCAUAUCACCCGGUUUGCAAUGGAAAUAUACACAUCUCAAGGGGGCGAGGUACGAUGGUAAUUUGAGGAAAUGCAUACUGGGACGGCACUUUUUGGGAGAGAAAUCCCACGGUCCUGGUUUCGGUGCUGACGCGUCGAGAAGAAGGUACAUACGUAAGAUCGAGCUCAAGGGCGAUCGAUACUGGUUUGCGGUAGUUUGGCAUGGUGGGCUGCCUGCUGGUGACGACUCACGCCGCGCUCUGCUUAGAGACGGGACGGGGCGAGUUUGGAGUGUAGUGGGGUCUGAGCUUUUCAGGGUCGCCGUUUGGAGAAGAUAUGCAGGAUGUGGCUUUGUAAAACUCCCUUACUGCUAUGUAUUCUCCUACGGCAUCGAAUCUGCAGAGAGAGUCAGAGAUAGAAGAACUCCGUCGGCUAAGCUCUUCAUAUUUGUUGGGUCGUUGGAGAUGUUCGUGCAGGCCUGA